AUGUCUUCCACCAGAGAAGACUCUCAGUCGGCCAGCGAGGCAACGCCUCUUCUGGCCAAUGCUUCUACGAUACCAGUCGGCACGAGUGCAGACGAAGAGGAUGUCCCCGCCCUUGCGCCGACAACGAGCGGUCCUGUUACUGCUGAGACACAGCCAGCAGAGGAUCAAAUACCCAAGGCUCAAAUCUUCUAUUUAUGCUGUGCUCGACUGAUAGAUCCUAUUGCAUUCUUUGGCAUUUUCCCAUUCGUCAAUCAGAUGAUCUUCGACAUCGGACAGGUGCCAGAAGCAAGAGUCGGGUUCUAUGCUGGCCUAAUCGAAUCCAUAUUUUCCGUCGUCGCCAUGUGCUCCACUAUCCCAUGGGGCAGACUCGCUGAUCGGAUAGGUCGCAAGCCAGUCCUAGUCUUCUCCAUCAUCGGGCUGUCCAUCUGCACCGCACUAUUUGGUCUCAGUCAGAGCCUUGUGCAGAUGUUCUUGACCCGGUGCUCUGCCGGUCUUUUCGCCGGCUCCGUUGUCACGAUCCGAACCAUGAUGGCAGAGAACAGCACGCCGAAGACACAAGCACGCGUGUUCAGCUACUUUGCUUUUGCUAGUAAUGUGGGGAUCUUCCUCGGGCCAGUCCUCGGCGGCGCCCUUGCGGAUCCAGCCCGAGAAUAUGGCGGCGUAUUCAAGCGCGUCUACUUCUUCAGAGAGUACCCUUACGCCCUAGCAACAUGCGUUAUCGGCAUCUUUGGCCUCCUCUCAGCACUCUUCGUCCUGGUCUUCGUGGAAGAGACGCUCAAAAGCAAGACAUCAGAAGCACCCCUCAACGGCUCGUCCAAGUCUGAGGAGAUGUCCAUCAGCGAGCUGGUCAAAUGCCCCGGCGUUGCCAGGGUGCUCUUCCUCCAAUGCCACAUCAUGGUCCUGGCAUUUUCGUUUACGGCGGUCAUGCCUGUAUUCUACUUCACCUCGAUCAAGAAGGGUGGCUAUGGUUUGGACCCUUUUUGGAUAUCAGUCUUCAUGGCUUUGGGCGGCCUUGCCCAGGCGAUGUGGAUGCUGGCUGUUUUUCCGUGGAUUCAGAGAAGAUGGUCCACAGGGACAGUCAUACGUCUAUGCGCCCGGGCGUAUCCCUUCUUCUUCGCUAUCUUACCAGUCUACAACGCAAUCCUGCGACAAGGGUGGAGUAAUUUCUUCUGGGCGACUGCACCUGUCAUGUCAAUGAUAGGCGCUGGUGUGGCCAUGUGUUUCACCGCCAUCCAGCUCGCGAUCAACGACGUCAACCCAAAGCCAGCGACUCUCGGCACAUUGAACUCAGUCGCACUAGCAUUGACCAGCGGCAUAAGAUCGUUCAGUCCGGCGCUCUUUACGACAUUAUUCGCCAUUGGCGUUGAUAGGCACAUCCUGGCCGGCUAUUUUGUAUGGGUAAUAAUGAUCGUCAUUGCUGUUGGCUUUACAUUCGAUGCGCAGCUGCUUCCUGCGAACGCCGAGGGACGACUGGACAAGCAGGAGUCCACGGAGGGCUCUGAGCCGUGA